UUCGCAAACGGAAAACAGCUGACAGGUUGCGAUUGCCACAGACCAAAGGGCGCUAAAAACGUUGCAAAUCAAAAUAGAAAAAUUUAGCUCCGAAUCGCAAUGAAUAUUCCAAGCUUUCGGCCCAACUACUACAGCCUGGACGAUAUUGCGAUAACGCAGGAACGCAUACCAUGCCGCACGACGCAGGAUCUCCACAUGAUGGGUUUUCUGGACGCUUCGGAAAAAUCUCCCAACCUAUCGAACAACCACACGCUCGAGCUUCCGCUUUGGGUGAUGCUCACGCAAGACGAUAGAAAUCCACACUUUGAAGCUCUUGUCCCGGACAUCUACAGUGCGGCCUAUAAGGAAAUCUACCAAGCGGAUGCGAAUUACGUGGAGCUCGGUGCGCUUUGCAAGUUUUACUUCGAGCUGGGCAUGUACCUGACGCGCUACCAGAACAACAACAGCGUGGCGGAGAUGCUUUACACCACGGCACAGGAGCGGCUCAAGGGGCUGAAGGAUCUGUGCCAGAAUGUGGGUAACGAUAGCUUGAACGUGGCCAGCAAGUUCGACUUCAGCGAGCGGUUGCUGUUCAACGAGGGCACCAAAACGAACAAGCUGUUCGACGAUUGGCUGCAGGAGCGGCAGGUCCACAUCAAAUCGACCGAGAUUGCGAUCAACAUACGCAAGCGGAAGCGAAGUCCGGACGGGGAAACGCAGGAGGAGCAACAGUAAAACGGGAAAUUGCUUUUUCUUUGGUCAAAAUACACGGGGUUGUUUCUUCAAAAACGAA